AUGGAGGACAAGGAGGAACCCAGUUCACACCUUACACAAGACAAGGAUGCACUCAGUAAUGAGGACAGUGAAGGAAACCAUGAACCUGAGCGCUCUGAAGGAACUAACGUCAUUAAUGUGGAGGCAGGGGAGUUGAAUAUAAUCGAGUCCUUGUGCCCCAAAUGCUUUGAAAAUGGCACGACACGUCUCAUGAUCACUGACAUUCCACAUUUUAAAGAGAUUAUUGUCAGUAGCUUUGAGUGCUUGCACUGUGGGGAAGUUAAUAACGAGGUCACAUUUGGUGGAGUGUUUCAGCCUAAAAAAAUUCGCUACGAAUUAUUUGUGAAGAAUAAAAAAGAUAUGGAUCGCCAAGUCGUAAAGUCUGAAUAUGCGUCAAUCGUCAUCCCGGAGCUAAGGCUCGAGAUUCCACCUGAAUCCCAGAAGGGGAUGCUCAACACGGUAGAAGGUAUUUUGGAGCAUACCCAAUCUGGCCUUCAGCUUCAGCAGGCAGCCCGAAAAAACGAAACCCCCGAGCUGUACAAUCAGAUUGAGGAUUUUUGUCAGAAACUUGAGGUGUACCGUCUAGGAGAUACUCCCUUCACGAUGAUUGUGGAUGAUCCUUCGGGGAACAGUUAUGUGGAGGGGCGCUACGAUAAGAAUUUUCAGACGAGGGACCCGCAGCUGGAAAUAUACGAGAGUGAGCGGACGGAUAUCGACCGGCAGCUGCUAGGGCUUUCGAUCGAUUACAACACUCAACGAACGAAGGAGGAGGAGGAAGAGGUCGAUACGGGGCAUCUCGACGAUAUCAGCUGCCUGCCCUCCCAAUGCCCAGCCUGCAAUCGCAUGGGUGAUAUCAAGAUGCACGUAUGCGAUAUUCCUUACUUCAAAGAGACCAUCAUUAUGGCCUUCAAAUGUGACUAUUGUGGAUACAAAAACAAUGAAGUAAAAUCGGGCGGCCCAAUUUCUGAGCAAGGGUUACGUUUGAUUUUGCGCGUAGAGAAUGAAGCGGAUUUGAAGCGUGAUAUUCUAAAGUCCGAGACGGCGACGCUCACCAUCCCAGAGGUGGAGCUGGAGCUCGCCCCGGGCACCCUGGGCGGGUUUUUCUCCACCGUGGAGGGGACUCUUGUGAUGGUUCGUAAUCAGCUCAACAGCCUACCGCAGGCCGCCUUCGCCAAGGGGGAUUCGGCCACGAAGGAGUCUAAAACGAUGCUUGAGUUUAUAAAGGAGUUAGAUGAAUUGAUAAAUGUCAAGCGAACGUUUACCAUGAUCUUUGAUGAUCCACUCGCGAAUAUUUACAUUCAAAACCCAAGGGCACAUUUGCCCUCACCGGAGAAUGAAGACCCGCAGCUGAUACGCGAGAAAUACGUCCGCAGCUAUGAGCAGGACGAUGAACUAGGGCUACACGACAUCAACACCGGGGCAUAG